AUCUUGAGAAAUAGAGAACCAGUUGUUUCGGUUUUGAUGGAGAUCGGUUAUGGUUUUUGUUGCUGCUGUAAUCUUAGAGUUUAACUUAUUUUGGAGACACGGAUUAUUGGUUUUGGCUGUUAACUUGUUAUUUUCCUUGGCUAAUUUGUUUCUUCUUAAAAAUCUUUCAUGAUUCGUACGUUGUUUUUGGGGUUGGAUGAUUCGAUUUUGAUGGAGAAUGAUUCUGGUUUUUGUUGGUGUGAUUUAUAACUAGUCUAGUUUGAUGGUGAUGGCUGCCGCGGUUUGAGAAACAGAGAACCAAAUGAACCAAAGCCUCGAAUCUCAGGGAAACACAGAGACUCUUGAGCUUUCAGAGUUUCAGAGCUCUUCGAAUCUCAACCUUCAGCCACCAUCAUCGUCUUCAACUUCCAAACCUUCAUCUUCUAUCUCAUCGCAAGCAUCUAUUCCUCAUCCUCUAUCUUCUUCUAAUCUAUUAUUUUUCUGGUACUUGAUCGCCGCUUGCUACAACUUUCCUUAAGUUUCAGUGUAGAUCGGGAGUUUCAGUUCUGCAACUUACCUUGAAUUUCAGAUAUGUCGGUGACAAUACGACUGAUUGGCAGGUGAGAGUGGCAGGUGAGAGGAAUAGCACCGCGUGGAAUGUUAAAUGACCACUUCGCCCCUUGUUGAGAGGGAUGUGGCUGCGGUAAAGAUUUUCUUUUUACCCACUACAUCUGGCUUGUCUUUUGUGAAAUGUUAAAUGACCAUUUUGCCCUUCCGUUAAGUGCCAUCUUAGGCGUAGCCAAGAAUUGUCCAUAGCCCAUAUGGGAAAUGUGAAUUCUCCACACGGCUUGAACACUGACAUAUCAUGACAAUACUUAGAACCUAAGCAAAACCUAAGCAGACACAAUUUGCAUAUAUGCCUAUUCGAUAUUUGUCCGAAACUUUUACUCAUCCAACUCACUAUAAAUCAUUACAUACACCUUCGUCUUCAUCCCUCGUCCCAUAACCUGAAUUCAGAGAUUCACUGUCACAUUUCCAAUGUAUCCUUUCGAUUUCAAAGACAUGCCCACCUCGGCUUCGUCCUUGUUCUCGGCCUAUGCCUCAAUGGCGGCAUUCAUCAUGUUGGUCCGCUCCAUGGUGGACCAACUCCUUCCUCCUGAGUUGCGUUCAUAUAUUUACUCAUUUAUUCACCAAUUCUUCUACUCCCCUCGAUCGUUGGACAUGACAAUCAUUAUUGAUGAGAAGUGUGGCUACAUCAACAAUCAAGUUUAUGAAGCAGCGGAAGUCUACCUCCAGACCAAGAUUAGUGAUUCGAAUGAGCGUCUCCGAGUGACCAAAACACCAGGGCAGAAGAGUCUCAACAUUGCCGUUGACAAAGACCAAGAAAUCAUCGAUUUCUUCGAUGGCGUUAAGCUUCGGUGGCAUUUUGUGUGCGCUGAAGACAAGAAUAGUGGUUCUGGUGGUGAUGAUGAAAAGCGUAAGUUUGAGCUGAUUUUUCCCAAGAAGCACAGGACCAAGGUGAUAGAUUCGUACCUGUCACAUGUGUUGGCUCGGGCUAAUGCAAUUAGAGAAGAGGAAAAGGUUCUUAAGCUUGAUUCCCAGCUGACCCAGCAUUCGGGUUCAGUAGAUCUGGAGCACCCAUCAACUUUCGACACAUUAGCUAUGGACCCCGAGCUUAAGAGGACGAUUAUCGAGGAUUUGGAUAGGUUUGUGAGGAGGAAGGACUUCUAUAGGAAGGUUGGCAAGGCUUGGAAAAGAGGGUAUUUGUUGUAUGGUCCACCUGGUACUGGCAAAUCAAGCUUGAUUGCAGCCAUGGCUAAUUAUCUCAAGUUUGAUGUGUAUGAUUUGGAGCUUACUAGUGUUUAUAACAACUCGGAAUUGAGGAGGAUAAUGCUGUCUACCUCAAAUCGUUCUAUUUUGGUCAUUGAGGAUAUUGAUUGCACUGUGGACAUACAAAAUAGGGAAUCUGAGGAGGAUGAUAAUGAACAAUCUAACACCAGGGGGGUAACGCUCUCAGGCCUAUUGAACUUCAUAGAUGGUCUGUGGUCGAGCUGUGGUGACGAGAGAAUUAUUGUGUUCACCACCAACAACAAGGAUAAAUUAGACCCUGCAUUGCUGCGUCCUGGUCGAAUGGACGUGCACAUUCACAUGUCGUAUUGCACCCCGAGCGGGUUCAGGGUCUUAGCCUCUAACUACCUUGGAAUUCAUGAAAGUAACCCUCAUCGUCUUUGUGGAGAAAUUGAAGCUUUGAUAGAAAGCACUGAGGUUACCCCUGCAGAAAUUGCUGAGGAGCUUAUGAAGAGUGAUGAUGUUGAUGUUGCUCUUGAAGGACUCGUCAAUUUCCUCAAAAGAAAGAAAUCCGAGAGGAGUAAAAUAAACGAUGAGGGGAGUCGGGGGACUAACAACAUUGAAAUUGAAGAAACAAAUGAAGAUGCAGAGAGAAAACAGGCUUGAAUUACUUGGUGAUCAAUUUUGCAUCUUCGUUUCUUGAAUUUUCCAGUCUUGGAUAACCAUAUAUAUACCCUUUUGAGACAUUUUGUUUUUGAGCUCGUCUCUUCUAUGAUUUGGAUGUAAUCCUAGAUUUAGUGAUCUCCUCUUUGUUGUCCCUUAUGCUAGUUGCUACUAAAAUCUUUCUGAUGUAAUGACUUGCAGAACUCAGUUUCGCAACUUAGGAAUGAAAAUGCAAGUAGAGUUUUUCUUGAAUUUGUCUCCAAAGCAUCUCAGGUGCUUAAAUUGGAGAUAUAAAGGGUUGAGUUUCUAUCCAAAGCAUCUGUAGUGUG